GAUUGUAACGGAACUCAAAUCGCCUGGUCUAUUUUUCUACACGGAACGAAAAUAAAGCAUCAAUGUUCAAUAAGGGGGCGCGAAUAGUUCAACCGUUUGAACUCGUUUACUGCAUUUACAGUAGUGGACAGUUACAGAUACACUAGUUUACCAAUGAAUCCACCAAAGAUAAAACGUCGUCGAAUGGCGGAGCUGGAGCCGUGGAUCGAGAAACUCAUCCAAAACUACGGCCAAAGCCAGUGUGAAACAACUGUAAAAGCAAACGUUGUCGGCGUGUGUGACAUAUCAGACUCGCAGCGGACGGAGCACACAGAUGCCUGUAUGCUGUUCUUGUCCGAUGGGAGCGCGGUCAUUCCCGCGGUGCUGAGCGAAGCCGCAUGGGAGCGUCUGCAGGACUUGGAGGAGAUGGAGACCUUCACAGGCCUGCACAAUGCUAUUGUAUAUGUACGCAGCUUUGAGCUGAACUUCGACAUGAACCCUGAUCUGGCAUCUUGCCAGUUUUACUUGAAAGUCAAUCAAAUGAACACCAUAUGCAUCGCCUCAAAGCGCCAACAACCCCCUAGCUGUACAACUCUCGAAUCAGUCAGAGACCAGAUCGUAAAGACGUGGAGAUCCCGCAGGGAGGGUUCAGUAAGUUCAGCCUCUGGGGUCUCACUCUCAUCUCUAUUGGAAGUGUGGCACAAUGACAUUAUAAUAAAUAUUCUGAAUGACGCAACGGAGAAAAUAACCAUGUCUGCAAAAUAUUGUCCAAGUGUGGCGACGCCAACUCACUGGCACCGAGAGAGGCUUCACUGGAGGGGACAGGAGCAGUUCAUUGUCCCCGUGCCUUUUCUUCUCCUCCCGGAGGAACAGAGGGAGCUGAUGACAGCUGAUCCCAGUGCAGAAAGUGAGAGUGAGACGCCAAAUGGCUUGGCCCCGCCCCCUGAAGAAUCGCAUCCAACCACAUCGAUUGCAAACCAAAUAGUGGCCACUCAGGACAAUAUAAGGGACUCAUGUCCAGAUGAAGGACCGUCUACACUGAUACACACAAGACCAGAGGUUUCGUGUGGAACAGGGGAGCUGCCUGGGGAUGGAGAGAGCCCAUGGGAUAUGUUCACACAAGAGCCAGCUCUAUUAGGUAGACGUUCCACUUCAGACUCAAAUGACCCAGAGCCAGAAAGUCAAUCGCUUUUAAAGGAAGUCCCCGCAUUGCCUAUAGCAACAAGCACCCAAAAACAAUUCUCGAAGCAGAACACAGGAGGGAUGUCAGUGGACGGCAUUACGCUCAGUCAGAGACCGAAGCCGACCCAGUUUAGUCCGUCCCACUCGAGUGGUAAGUCUAACGGCGACCCCAGUCAGGAGCAUGACAGAGAACGUGCGGUGAGUCCUCCCUCGUGGCUCGUCCAUAAUACAGCCCCACCCUCUGAACAGAGGCCCCUAGCAUCUCCAGCCGCCAGGCAAAACCCCUCAGCGUUUCCACCUACCAAAGACAGGAAAUUUCCCUGUUGCAGGUGCACUCAGAUGGAACGCCUUUUUCCUAUUUGUAUCAUCCACAGCCUCAGGUUGCCACAGCCCUCACCCAUUUCCAAAUCCCAGGGCAUCUCAUACAGUGGGCGGUGCGUUAUCUGGGGACCUCUGUCUGUGCAGAUGUCAACGAUGAAGCUGGUUCAUAAGCCAUUACCUGUUACCUCAAAUGACAUGAUGCUAGUUUUUUUGUUGUUGUAUAAAACAGUUUUUUUUGUAUUUAAAUCUCGGAUUUAAUCCAAAUAAAACACUUUGUUAAUGUAUGCUGCUGUCUAAGUGUGAGUUCAGUGGUGUCAAUUGUAAUAAAUGUUAAUAUUCAAAUACUA